AUGGGUGGCUUUUUCUCAAGUAUAUUUUCGAGUCUGUUUGGAACCCGGGAAAUGAGGAUUUUAAUUUUGGGAUUAGAUGGAGCAGGAAAAACUACAAUUUUGUACAGAUUACAGGUUGGAGAGGUUGUUACUACUAUUCCUACCAUUGGAUUUAAUGUUGAGACGGUAACAUACAAGAACCUUAAAUUUCAAGUCUGGGAUUUAGGAGGACAGACCAGUAUCAGGCCAUACUGGAGAUGUUAUUAUUCGAACACAGAUGCCGUCAUUUAUGUAGUAGACAGUUGUGACCGAGACCGAAUUGGCAUUUCCAAAUCAGAGUUGGUUGCCAUGUUGGAGGAAGAAGAGCUGAGAAAAGCCAUUUUGGUGGUAUUUGCAAAUAAGCAGGACAUGGAACAGGCUAUGACUCCCUCAGAGAUGGCAAAUUCACUUGGGUUACCUGCCUUGAAGGACCGGAAAUGGGAAAUAUUCAAAACUUCAGGAACCAAAGGCACUGGCCUUGAUGAGGCAAUGCAAUGGUUAGUUGAAGCAUUACAGAGCAGGCAGUAAUCCAAUCACUUCUCCUUCUGAAAUGAAGACCACAUCCCAUGUCCCUUUGGGAAUAGUUAAGUGUGCUUCACACUACUAAAUGUUAAAGCUGUGUGUAUGAUUGUUGGUAUAUACUGAACUGACUACACAUUUGUAAUAAAUAUAAAAAAUAAGUAUUUGGUUGGAAGGAUAGCUCAUCUUGAAUGAACCAACUGACUGGUCUGUAUGAUGUAAAAUAUUCCUUCCUUGCUUUCUUGUAUUAUUAAGGUAUAUAUUCUAUUUGUGUGGAAUUCUUAUUCAAAUACAGUCCUAUUAAAAAAUGCACUCUUAUCAAGGGGGAAAACCCUAUUUUUGAAUGAGUGGUUGCAGAUUGUUUAUAUAAACACUAAUAAAUACCUUAGCUCAGAUUUUUUCCCUCUAAAAUGAAUUAAAUUUUUCCAAAAAGUAGACUCAGUAGGGUAGUCUAGGAACAUGGUGUGAGUAAUAUAGUUUCAUUUGCUCAGUAACCACUUUAUUUAAACUGUUUCAUUUAAAAGCUUUUGGUUAUAGGCAAGAAGUUGAAAUAAUUAUUUUGUUAAAGUCACUGAUGUAUCUGUAAUUGUUAUUUUAUAGUACUUUAUAGUUGAAAAAAAAUUCAAUGUAUAUUGAUACCUAGUCAAUUUUUACAAGGACCCUGUGAUGUAGAUAGGACAGAUUGUAAUGUAAUGUUUCUGUUUUAUGGACGUGUUGAGUCUUGGGUUGAUAGCUUGGCUUGCCCAACUGCUAGUAAGCUGGGAGCCAGGCUCAAAGUGAGACUUCAGGGUCAGAAGCUUGUCCCAUGAACUACACUACAUGUAAGUUCAAAUGAUAUAACUCCCUACAUAAAAUUAUGCUAACUGAAGUAGACUACAUUCAAAAUAAUGCCUGUAAAUUUAUCUGUCCAUACUAGUAGAGGUAGUAAAAACAGUCCUAAAUGGUUAUAUUUGAUGAAUUCACAACACAUUAAAAAUAUUCACAUUGAAGGAAAUAAAGAUAUAUUUUAAGAAGCA